AUGGCCUGGUUCGCAUGUUACGAGGUCAACGGGGUACUAGUUACCACAUUGUUGGCUAUGGCUCCGCUCAUGAAUGAGCCGGACGAUGAGGUCGCACUACGCGUUCUUGGCGACGAUGUUGCCAAGAGACUUCGGAGUGCAGUUCGACCAGUGUCGCUUCAUCGUAGGAGACAACAGCUCGGUCAACCGUUUGCUAGCUACAAUCAUUCACCGAUUGCACCGAGCAGUGCAACAAUACCUCUUCAACACGAAGGUGACCUGGCAGCAGUUCAGGCAUUGAUGAUCAAGUUGAGGACGCUCACUCAGUCCACAAACCGUCGUCUUAUAACUGAGCUGCGAUCUGUAAUUCGUCAGGACACCCAAGAUGACGAUAUCAUGGAGGUCCUGACCUCGCCUGCGUCGAACAAGCGCCUCCGAGGCUUGUUUAAGGAGCUCAAGGACGUAGAAUUCGUCGCCAAGGCGCUUCAAGGUCGCGACGUGGAUUUGCAGGAUGUCCGACAGUGGUUUGACGAGCUUAUUGCUUUAAAAUCACAGUUCGAGACACAUAUCGGCUCUAGAGCUGAAAUCGUUCACAGCCCUGACUUUGAGUCAGGGUGUGUCCGUGUUCUGAGCGGCCGACAGGACCGCCUGACGCGUGCGGAGAAAACUGCCCUUGGUCCUUUCGCAAAGCUGGCCGUCGACGCAACGGCGAAAUCGGACGACGAAGAUCUUUCGUUUGUGGAAGGACUUCGCAAGGCCGCCGGAUUGCCGAACCCGCUGUGA